GGGAUGAAAUUCUUUGCUUUUAACAUUUAACAGAGUUUUUCCUUGAGGAAAAUUUCCGUGAAAGUUGAGAGAGCGCCACAACCUCGUGUAUUCGUGCGCGCUUCGUUUCGGCGCCUUCCACUUUUCCGUUAUCUCGUCGUGCUGUUCCAGGUCUGGGUCUGUGCAUUCUCGCAUUUCAACGCGAAGCUUCACAGUCGUUCGUUAAUGUCUAGUUCAAGUCGUGUCAGAAUUUCCCAUUAACAACGUGCUCCACUUCAGUCGGUUAAAAUGAAGUUGACGCCUAAAAAUUACAAGAAUUACGCAAAACUCCUGGACGCCUAUUCCCAGUUCAGCCCUUCGCCGCUCUCCAUAAAGAAGUUCAUUGAUUUUGGAUUAAAUGCGUGCGAAACGAAAUCCUACAUUUUCCUACGCAAGGAACUGCCGGUACGUCUCGCGAACAUAAUGAAAGAGAUAGCGCUUCUUCCGGAAAACCUUCUAAGGAUGCCAUCCGUACAUGCGGUACACGAAUGGUACAUGACAAGUUUUAAGGAAAUCUUGGAGUUUGAAAAGAUGGACGAGGUCUCGCCGCGGAACCUACGGCACUUUUGCGACAGCAUAGUGAAAAUACGCAACCGACAUUCGGACGUUGUCGAAACGAUGGCGCAGGGCGUCAUCGAGUUAAAGGAAUCGCACGACGUCGAUCAACAGACCGAGCACAGUAUCCAGUAUUUUCUGGACCGAUUUUAUAUGUCCAGAAUAUCGAUUCGUAUGCUCAUCAACCAACACACGUUGUUGUUCGGGGGACAAUUGGAACGAGCACCCGGCCCUACCCAGAGCAAGUAUAUAGGAUGCAUAGAUCCCCAUUGUAAUCUAGUUAGUGUAAUUAAAGACGCGUACGAAAACGCGAGAUUUUUAUGUGAUCAAUACUAUCUCGACUCGCCGGAGUUGGUCAUCGAGCAGCAUGAGAUAAACGAAUUAAAGCCGGAGUCUGAUAUAAGAAUUGUCUACGUUCCCUCCCAUUUGUAUCACAUGUUAUUCGAGCUGUUCAAAAAUUCGAUGCGAGCAGUUAUGGAAUAUCAUGGGCAAGAACAACAGUAUCCGCCUAUUCAUCUUACGAUCAGCAAGGGAAAUGAAGAUGUGUGUUUAAAAUUAUCCGAUAGAGGAGGUGGCAUACCGCGGUCUUUACACGAUCAGCUCUUCAAGUACAUGUAUUCCACAGCACCGCAACCCAGCAAGUCGGACGCCCACACCGUGCCGCUGGCAGGUUACGGCUAUGGACUGCCCAUAUCGCGUCUGUACGCCCGUUAUUUUCACGGUGAUCUGGUAAUUAUGUCGUGUGAAGGCUACGGGACGGACGCGGUUAUAUACAUGAAGGCCUUGUCAAAUGAAGCGAACGAACUAUUGCCGAUCUUCAACAAGACCACAUCGAAGUUCUAUCGGGCCGGGUAUCCGAUCGGCGAUUGGACGAAUCAGGCGACGACUUUAAACACCCGACAAAUUAGCAUACAGUGCAGAAAGCAUCAGCUUCCUCAGUCGGUUCAAGCUUUAUAGCUAGACGAUUCGGAGGAGGAAGAUGAGAGGGCUUGAUCCGAUUUUUUGCAUUUUUUUUUCCAAAAGGAUUGCCACAUAUCCUUGAAUUUUAGCAAUUUUGGCAAGUUGUUACACGAGUCCAGAUGGAGCACAUCUGCUGUAUAUAGUAUCUAAUUUAGGAUAAUUGAAGAAUAUUUAUUUUUAUGUGAUAUUUUACUUAUUACAAUUGAGGAAUAAAGUUAGUAUAUACUGA